AUGACGCCACUGGUGCGCAUUCUCCUUGUCGUCUUCGCCGUCGUCGCUAUACCCGUGGCAGCGUUGCUGGAUCGACUCUUGCGACCAUCGCACGCCGCUGCGUUUUACGGCCGAAAUCACCUCCGCGCCCUUAUCGGCUUGCACCAGAAGGGGAGGCAUCGAUUGCAGCGGGAGGAAGCUAGCGCAGACAACGGUACGGCCUUUGGAAGCUGCACAAGCGGAGAACAAUCCUCAAGCCCAUGGCUCAAUAGAGACGAAGUUAUGGUUAUUCAAGGUGCCCUGGAUAUGGCGUCUAAAAACAUUGGCGACUUCUUAGUGCCUCUGGACGAAGUGUAUCAGCUGGAAAGGAGCACCAAGUUGACACCGAAUGUGAUGAUGCAAAUCCUCCGGAGAGGACAUUCAAGAAUACCAAUUUAUGAAGGAGACAGACACAACAUUCGCGGCAUUCUUUUAGUCAAAAGUCUAAUUUGCAUUGAUCCGGGUGCAGCCUACGGAGAGGCGUGGAGAGACGAACGUUCACCUCCCCCGGAUGCAAACUUGUUGGGCAUAGUAACAAUGGAAGACGUUAUUGAGCAGCUCCUCCAGGCAGAUAUUAUGGAUGAAUUUGAUCGAAAGAAGACGAGCCGUUUUGCUGCAACUCGUCCCACAGGAGGAACUCUUCCCUUAGGAUCGUUCGGUGCGGAGGUGGCUUCCGGGGAGAUAUCUCCGGACGGCGCACAGGGAGCCUUCUUCCUGGCUUUCAGCUUGUCUAAAGAGUUAGACACGUUUCCUAUGGGCGUGACAGGAACAGCAAGUGCAGCGCUAGCAGAGAGCACCACGAGAACUCAUCUCUCGCCGUUGUCUCUAAAGGCGCAGGCAGACGCUCCGCCUUCCGUCCAUAGCGUGGUGGAGGCUGCAACUGCGCCUUGCAUGCUGGAUUCGGCUUCUGCCUCUGGUGAGUCAGCUUUUGGAUACGCUGCCGUAGACGUAGAACAGCUGGCUCCCCUGGUUGGGGUGUACAUACACCCCAAGCACUUUACUGCUCAAAUGCCUUCGCGGUCCGCUCGCAGCAAACACAUGCAGCAGACAUUAGACACUGCGGGCCGCUGGCUUACGCGGCGCUGCUUCACGCAGCCUUUUUUUGAGAUUACCAAGCAGCAGCAACAGCAGCAGGAAGAAAAAGAACUGCUGCAGCAACAGCAGCAGGAAGAAGAAGAGCUGCUGCAGCACCAGCAAGAGCGCGAAACAUCGACUGCGGAGGAGCCACACGUGACCCCUGCACCGGAUGCCAUCCCCUAUGGCGUGAUACUGCCAUCUCCGCGUGGCGCCAGGAGAAACAGUGCCAUAAGCAACAGCAGCAGGAGGGUGAGAGAGGGUAGGAACGAGUCGGCCAUAGCGACUCCUCAAGUGUUAUGUAUGAGCAAACAGUUAGCCGCAGUCAGUGUACAAGAUGCUGCAGGCUCGCCUCUUGGUGAUACGCUAUCCGCGUCCAUGCGGCCUAAAGGCUACGCAGAGGCUUUAAUGCAGCCAGAACACCGAGACAAGGAGAAACACAAGAAAAAGAGGCAGCCCCUUCCGGGAGCGCCUGACGGAGGCUACGCAAUCCUCCCCGAUUUGCCAUAA